AUCGAGCCAACUCACUCGAUAAUUCAUCCAAUUUUCGCCUUCUCGGGGACUUGUUGAUCGCGCUGUUGGGAUCGAUUUCUCGACGGUGUCCGCGGAUUGUCCAUCUCCUUGUCAGACCAGAGCUUCCAGAGCUUCCCAGCAGCUCCCCCUACAUCCUCUCAGCACAAGGUCAGCCAGCCCCAAACCGCGGCAUCGGCAGCGGCAGUAAACAGUACGCUGUACACACCCCACGCCUCGACGAUUCUAAUACCCCAGAUCUGACACGCAUUUCAUCUCAUAUCCCAAAUUCUACUGCUGAGCAUCAUUGUUCCCUUUCUUGUUUUCGCAGCAUAGCGAUUGACCUGUCGUUUCUAUUCAGCGUCACAUGUGCUUGUGCCGUCCCUGUUAACACGGAUAUUCCUAGGCUCCGACCCGUCGAAUCAGCCGGUAUCAGCAUCAGCAUCAGCGUCAGAUCAGCCGCCCAAGAUGUCGUCGUCUGUCAAGUUCCAGGAGGAGACCGUCCGUGCUGUCGGGAAUAACAUCAAGGAUGACAGCUUCCGCGUGGUCGCGGACAAGUCUGACGACUUCCUACACAAAGUUGGCGAGGACUUGACCGGAGGAGCUACCCAGACGGGCUAUCUUGCCUUCUACCUCCGACAACUGCAGUCGAAUCCCCUGCGCACCAAGAUGCUGACGUCAGGUGUCCUUUCCGGUUCACAGGAGUUCCUGGCAUCCUGGAUCGCCCACGAUGCGAGCAAGCACGGCCACUACUUUAACUCCCGUGUGCCCAAGAUGGCCCUGUACGGCGCGUUCGUCAGUGCGCCUCUUGGCCAUCUGUUGAUUACUAUCCUCCAGAAGCUCUUCGCUGGCAGGACGAGUGUCACGGCCAAGGUUCUUCAGAUCCUUGUCAGCAAUCUAAUUGUCUCGCCCAUUCAAAAUGUGGUCUAUCUGUCCUCCAUGGCCGUGAUUGCUGGCGCGCGUACCUUCCACCAGGUGCGCGCAACCGUCCGCGCUGGUUUCCUACCUGUCAUGAAGGUCAGCUGGAUCACCUCCCCUCUCGCGCUCGCAUUUGCGCAGAAGUUCCUCCCAGAGCACACCUGGGUGCCGUUCUUCAACCUUAUUGGGUUCAUUAUUGGACUUUAUGUCAACACCCACACCAAGAAGAAGCGUCUGGAGGCUUUGAGAAAGGUAUUGUCACCGAGUCUCUCUUACCCCUUGUCCUUGGUUGCGAUCGUGUAUAGUCACUUUCUGACACUCUCUUUUCACCUCUGUAACAGCGUUAUGACCAUGAGAGGAGGGACUACCGCGGUGGCAGCGGUGGUAGCGAGUACAGCAGGAGGGAGUACCGUGACACUGAAUACGAGAAGAGGGAUUAAAUCCAGCCCACUGGCUGGCCACCCUCUCGAUGAGCCUCGCCUCGGCGGACAUAAAUAUUAAGCCUUUCUCUCCGCUAUAGAUACCCCGAGGCUCUCGAUUUGCAUCGCCACAGAUAUGACGAUGCUACAGUUGAAAUGUGACAGGGCUUAUAUAUGCUUUUAACCGUGUCCUAUAUGUCUCCCAUUCCUACCUUUUUCAUUUGGCUCGGCUACGGUUUGGUGGUCUCGAGCUCAAAACAGACCUCUGGUCGAUAUGCUUGGCUUUUUCUUGCUUUUAAUGAUUGGAUGUUUUUUGCAUGCACUAUCUUUUUGCCCCUUCCCCUUGCCUUUUAUAUCUGAAAACAUAUGUACCUUUUUAUUCUAGCAGCAUCUAAGGCCUUCCCUUUCCAUUUUGGUGCUCACCCCUGCUCACAGAGUAUAAAAAUCCAAUAUGCCACUAUACAGACUUUUUACAUCAGGGAGACGUUCCCCUUCUGGAUGCCACCACCUUCAUGAGGGCGAUAAUCAGUAUUUUACAUCACAGGUGAGCACUCACCUACUCAGGGUGUGUUUAGUGAAUAGUCACAUGCCACCUUGAG